GUCUCCGUGCAUUCCGACAGUGGUGCCCGACGCAGAAGGCGACCGCUGGAAUCGGCUCCGUUGGGUUGGAUCGGGGUUCGAGUUCUUGAAGUCGUACAGAAGUAACUGAUCGAAGCACCAUGAACAGCUUGACGAGACUCCGAGUGCCAUCGUCUUCGUUGAGGAUGGUGUCUCUCCUCUGGGUGGCAUUGGCUAUCGCUGGCGCCGGAUUUCAGGUAGCGACUGCAUUGGAGGAUGCCGCCCGAGCAGGACCACUGGAAGCCAGAGAAGACCAGAAACGACCUGAAGACGAACUGAUAGAAGACCCCUUUGAGGUGGAAUUUUCCGAGCGUAAUCUAGAGAACAGCGUCACUUACGAGGAAGACCUGGACGACGACCAAGGAUUAGCUUUCGAGGACGAACUGGAGGACGACACGCUCACUCAGCAGGACAUCGAAGACAUCAAUGCAGCUAGGGAUGCCCUCGAGAGGAUCAAGAUGGAAGCUGGAACCAGGGCCACCAUCGCAGCUACACCGAGUACAUCGACGACUGUGCAAUCCGGGAAUCAGUACACAAUCACCAGCCACGAUGGUUUCGGAGUGACUCGUUAUCCAAACCGAUAUGCCAGGAGGUGGUGGUUCUACAAGGGGACCAACAUCCAGUACAUCGUGAUUAACUGCCCCUUCUUCAGGAUCCAGUGGUCAAGGAAAUGUCGCAAGGAUAAAUUCGGUGUUUUCAAGGAGCCUUUCGUUAGAGGAAUCAGACGUUGCGGCCAAAUCCACGGAUUUUGGAAGAAAUACGAUGUAGGAAUCAAGGUUGUUUUCAGGACAGAUCGGGCUGUCAGACGAGCCGGAUUUACCUGCGUUGUUUCUGGCAUCCCUUAUCCUCCACCAACGACGACAGUCACAACGAGCACAUCUACUUCAACGUCGACUACAACAACGAGCACAACAACGACUUUCGCUCCUGGGUGUCCCGUCAGACCAACGGUACCACCAGUCAGGACUGUGGUGACAUCUUGCGCCAAUAUACAACCCGGUUAUGACUACUGCUCAUGUGUGAACUUGGCUGGAGGAAUUUGCCUGACAUGCUACAUUUGCACAGCUUGUGAUAUGGAAUUCUUCGCUGUGCACGACUUUUCGGGUACCAACCUGUACGUGUACCUCCACUUCAACUGCUCCCAGUACCCCAUUGAUGCAAAAUCUCUCUCGUUUGGUUACGAAAAUUACGUCAAGGGCUACGUUGUAUGCUUCCCGCCACCUUCCCACGUCAUACUACCUACCUACCCAACCUCCACCACAGGCGUCAUCGUUAUGGUGUCGACCUGCCCGAUAAGCUCCUCGAUAAACGUGUGUUCUGUGUUCCAAACCAGCGGCCGAAGAUCCAUUUGGGAUCAGUCCAUUCUCGAUCAAUCCGCCCUCAUGCUCCAUUCGAAGACUUCCCGGAGCACAGUGCAGCAAGAACGAGAACUCCUAAGUCUUGCUAACAUAGCAAGUAGCGACGCUUUGGCUAUUGUCGGGAUUUCAGCCGAUCUGUCCACACUGACCCACCCAGAAGUCGUCAAAAAUUUGACGGUCGUUGAUACGACUUGCGAGAUGUUCCCGCAAGGCCAACCCAUCGACUUGACCAGCUUCACAUCUCUGCAAAUUCUGUCGCUCACUUUAUGCAACGUCCCUUGUGUUCAAGUAAAUUUGAUCCUCACUUCAACACCUCUGGCUGAUGCCAGCCAAGAGUGCAUCGUCAGCGAAACCUCUAAUUCCACAAAUAUAUUCGUGGCAGCAGGGAACUAACCUGAAUCUUCCACCAUGAACAAGAUGUAAAGCCUAACUGCAGCCAUAGACCCAAAGAAAUAAGAUAUGCAGAACUAAGUCUUCAAAAUAUACCAUACGCCUAAAUAAAGAAAAAGCUACAAGACCUUACCUAAAGAAGCCACGGCACUAAAUCAAUGAUCGAAAGAAGUGAAUUUAACGAUAAUGACCCGAGUAGUUGAUAAUAUCGUGAAAAGCCAUAUACGUCAUUCAACCGCAUUAUGCAAGUCAGAUUUGGUCAGUUCGACGUCAUAUACUUCUGUAUCGGUGGAGGGAAUUCCAUAUUAUCCACAUAGUUUUGAGUGUAAUGUCUGUUCUUAAUUUUUUUUCCUUGCUAAACAAGAGCUACCCCGCUGUCUAGCGUUGCGUAAAAUCUACAUGUAACCUCAUGGUAUUUUGAUGAAGGAAAUGGAGCUAGUUUGAAGUGCAUGUUUCAUUUUAAGAGAUGAAACUGAUAAUUUUAUUCACCUUUAACCAACGAACGUGUAAAAGUUACUUGGUGAAAUCAGGGAUAUAUUUUCCAUCAAAUGCCAGUGAAGUUACCGGCAGGAAAUAUGCAUUGAAUGCUUUUUCAAGCUAAAUACAUUAUAUAUUGUUUACUGCAUCCUCGGAAACGUAAGAGUUUUGGCAAAAUUGUUAAUUUUAAAAACAAGAAAUUGUAAGAAAAUGUGAUGUACAUAAAUGGAUCAAGAUGUAAUGAAGUAUAAUUCCUUUGGGCAUUUUGCAUUCUCUUUUUUGGUACAGUCAUAAACUGUCUUCUGUCUUUAAUAUCCAAUACACGGAGAAGGGUAUUCUAUUUGUAAAGGUUUUUAUUUUCUUCAAUAAAAGAAUUCAAAUCUUUUCAG